AUGAUUGGAUCCCGAAUGCUAUCAACUAUGAAACUCGACAAAGGUAUCAAGAAGAACGAGACAAAGUUUAUGACAACCUUGAAGGAGGAAGAUGUUCAUUCAAAGAUGGAUGCUCCAAAGGAGAUUAAUAACAUGACAUCACCAGAGUUGCAUAAAAAGUCUCAUCUUAGACGAAAAAUGGAACAUGUGAUCGAGAAACUGGAUAAGGCGGAAAAGAAGAAAAACACAUUAAUUCGUAAGAGCAAAGUAGAAUUUCUCAACAGAGCAACAUCUAAACGAGAUGAGCAGAUCAAUAAGGGAUCACGUCAUAACAUGUUAAUAUUGUGGGAAUUUUCCAAGGCUUGUAAAAGGGACAACUCACAUGCUUACAAGUUUCUCAAAGGGAGGCAUAAGAAACUACACAAGACAGUUCAACAAAGGUUCCAGAUUUAUAACCCUAAGAUUGGGGUUCCAUCAAGACUAGUUGACUUCCGUUCUGAUUCUUUCAUAGUUGGCACGGAGAUGUGUGUUGAAACGCUUUAA